CAGUCCGCCGUUGAUCAUCCGAUGAGACGCUAGGUAAUAUUAAUGGCCAGCCAGCUAACUAGCUACACUUGGCUCUCUCUCUCUCUCUCUCUUUUUCCCAGACCCUCCUAUAAAAAAUCAUCACCAUUACCUCCAUCUACUGGGCGUAGUAAGGAUGGGGCUUCAACUAAACUGGCGCUCGGCUGAAGCCAUUGCUACCAGUCUGCUCGAUGGUAACCCUAUCGCCAUUGUGGUUACGGCCUUUAUUGCCUUUGGCCUCCCUGUCUUACUGCAUAUUAUCUUUUAUCGCACAGUUGCAUCUCCGCCAUCUAGCAAUUUUCUACUACUAGGACCCAGUGGUGCAGGCAAAACAACUCUUUUGUCGUUGCUUGAAGCAAAAUCGUCUCCAAGUUCCAAGAAAUCCUCACUCACUCAUACGUCCCAAACAUCGACCUUGACCACGGUCAGCCUCCCUCCUUCAGUCCCGACAGCGUCUAACCGCUUUCGGUCUGUCAAUGAUCCCUCUUUGAAGGAAGCUUCAAGAAAUCCUGUGAAGUACCGUGUCAGGGAUACACCUGGUCAUGGAAAGCUGCGUGGAGCUCAGGGAAUUACACAGUUGCGGCUGAUGUCAAAUUCGACGGACAUGAAAACAAAGUUACGUGGCAUUAUCUUUGUAGUGGAUACUGCUGCUCUUUCCGAUGAUGGGACUUUGCGGGAUGCGGCCACCUAUUUACACGAAAUUCUCUCAAUUCUUCAGAAGCGAGCUUUGAAGAAGGGAAAGGCGGCAUCCAAGGCCGCCAUGGAGCUUCCGGUGCUUGUGGCGGCCAACAAACAAGAUCUCUUCACUGCCUUGCCGCCUGGAUCGGUGCGUGAGAAGCUCGAGGCCGAGAUUGACCGAAUCCGCAAAUCCAGGAGCAAGGGUCUUAUGGAUGCAAGUGCCGAUACUGGAGUGGACGAGGGGGAUGACGACAUCCUCGGCAAUGACAAUGCACAGGAUACAUUCAGCUUCAAGCUCUUGGAGGAUGAAGUUGGCGUGAAAGUUGACGUCGUUGGGGGGGCUGUCAAGGGUGAUGAUAAUGAUGAAAGCUUUGGAUCUGGUGUGAAAAGAUGGGAAGAAUGGGUUGGACAGUGUCUAUGAACGGUAUUUUUGUAUUUCAAUCCGAGCUACUGGCUAGCUACUGGUGUUUCGAUAUUUCUACAUAAUUUCUGGAUUGGCUGUAGCUGGCUAAUGAAUAUAUAUCCG